CCCGGAAAUCACCAUGGCGGCUGUGCCCUUGCGAGAUCGGUUGAGUUUUUUGACUCGGCUACCCACUCUAAUCAAAGGCACCUCAGAUGAUGAAGUUCCAUGCCCAGGUUAUCUGCUUGAAGAGAUUGCCAAGAUCUCCCAUGAAUCAACAGGAAGCAGUCACUGUCUUCUUGAAUACCUCCUCAAUCGUCUUCAGAACAACUCAUGCCAUAUCAAGCUGAAGGUGCUUAAGAUCCUGCUCUAUAUGUGCACCCAUGGCUCGUCACACUUCCUUCUGCAGCUUAAGAGGAAUUCUUCCUUCAUUCAGGAAGCCAUAGGGUUCACAGGGCCUCCUGAUCCUCUCCAUGGCAACAGCUUGUAUCAGAAGGUGCGGAUGACUGCACAGGACCUGGCAGGCACGUUAUUUUCAGAUGUGUUGUCACCUCAGUUUGUUACUCAGCCACCUAAAGAGCUGCCUUCAGCAGGUAUGGGAACUAAGUCUAGCCCCCAUGGCUCUCUCGAAGGCUUCGGCUUUGAAAAGAACAGCUCUGCAUCCCCUGGGAAAAGUCUGCUGGCCACCAUCCAGAAGGCAGCUGAGGUGGUUGCCAAUGCUGUGCUCCAUGGUCAGGAACUCACAAGGCUCCCUCAGGGGGAGCUGACAGACAACGUCUACGAGCCGGUGAUGGCACCUUCUCCUGGCAAAAGCCCUGCCUUGCUCACCAAACCACCCCUGGCCCUAGUUCCGAAGAUGCAAGUGAACCAUCAUCCUGGGCAAGCAGGAGGUGGGUGGGAAGAGCUGGACACUGGGCUCAGCUCCCAGAAUUCCUUGCAAGAGAACAGCAACCUGAGCAGAACUUCUGAAUCUGACAGCAAGGCAGGCAGUGACAAUCACUCCAGUGCCCUGGAGCCAGGGAGUGCUGCUGAAAGGAUGGAAGCUGAAAACCUGAAUGACUGCCUUCAAGAAGUGAGUCUUGUCAGUAGAUUAACCAGGGGCUCCAAAGUCUUCCUGACUCAUGAGGAAACCCAGCACUUCAUCAAAGAGUGUGGACUGCUGAACUGUGAAGUUGUCUUGGCUUUGCUUAGCCGAACUCUGAAGGACUCCAGUGAGUGCAUCUGUAUGGUGAGGAAACUCCUAAGAAACUAUCUCCUUCAGCAGAGGGCAAUGUGUGCCAUCUCUUCCCUUAUGUGUUCUGACUUGCUCUCCCAUGAUCAUAUAUUUGCCAUUACCCAGCAACACUUGCAGGAGCUUAGUGAAGGGAGCCCAGGAUGUGUAGCCAACAAAGCAACAAAGAUAUUGCGUCAAUUUGAAGCCCUCUGCCGAAGCCAUUCCACUUCCAAGAAUCCACUCCUGGUUGCUGCCUCCUGUUCCUCCACCAAGACCACACUGGAGCAUACUGAUGACCUGCUGACAAAUACAGUGCCCUUCUCAGAAGACACUGUCCUGAAGCCCAUUAACCUGUCACUGCAGCCUUCCCAGGCACCUAAGCUCAUCACGGGUAACAUGUUCCUAUCAGCAGGACAGAUGCCAGAAUCUCUGUCCUGCGGCCAAUUGGAUAUCCUGCCACAUGAUCUCAGCCAGCAGAGGGCAGAAGUCAGACUGCCCGAUUCUGACUCCCAAGAAGAUAGGCCCCCACGGGGUGAUCCAGAUGGCACUGUUUCUUUAUUUGCUGGCAUGGAGCUGGUCGCACCUUCAAGCAUGGCACUAGCAGCAGCUGUGCAGGAUUGUAUUUCUCCAGUGCCAUGGACAGCAUCUUGCCCUGGGAAUACCAGGGAUAGUGAGGACAAGCAACAGCUCUCUGCUUUUCCCUUCCUUCACGUAUAGCAGUGCCCUGUUAGUUAUGGGGAAAAUAAGUGAGCAACAAACCAAGUAUCUUUCUAGCUCUUUUCAUCCUGGAAUAGAGUGGGGAAGAGGGUCUUCCUAUACGAUAAACAUCUGCUCUAGUUAGAGACUGUUGAACCUCAGUAGUUUGUCUGAUCUUGCCAGGAAUUUUGUCAUCUUUAGUCUUGACAGAUCACGAAGGUAUCAGGGUGGGAAAAGCUGGUUUCUUGUCAUUCUGUCCUGAAGCGGGGUUGGUAUUCCCCACUAAUUUAUAUUCUUGCUGAAUCAUCUGUGAGAGUGAGAGAGAAGACUUCAAUCCUCACCGCUGUCUCUUAAAUGGAUUAUUUCUUAUUGAAUGCCAGCAUAAAGACAUGAUAUGUUCUCAUUAAGGUACAAUAUAAUUGGUUCUUAUAACAGAAAGAUUACUUCCAUCAUUAAAAUUUAGUUCCAUUUUCUAUUAUUUGUUCCUAUAGAUUAUAUUAUUCAGACUGCAUCACCCCUCAGCCUCACUGCUUUCCCUUUGACAUAGUCAGCUCCUCACUUGUGCAACUGACCAUCCCAUCCAUUGGCAGCACAUGACUAUUGAUGUCCCCAUGAAAAGGGGGAACUCUAAAGGAGGUGUUAAGGCUGUCAAAACUCUUAAAAUUGAAAAUGAAAUGAAAUAAAAUGAACUGGAAGUUAACUGGGGGAGCUUGCCUACUCCCUACCAUUUUCUGUUCCUUGUUCAUCUCACCAGAUGUGGCUAGGGUGUGGAAUAAAGUAAAACAGGGACAGAGUACCAAGAGGACUUCUAUUUUUAUGAAGCUGCUCUAGGACUUUGUUGUAGUUCCAGCAACUAAACAAGGGAACAACCUUUGUCAAUGCUGUCAUCCUUGCUUAAGCAAUAUGGCUGAGGACAAUUAGUUAAUUCCUUCUAACCC